AUGGACCCUCAGCACAACCUAGACAAACUCAUGGGAGAGGAGGAGCUUGGUGCCUCCUUCUCGGUCGACUCCUUCUUUGCCGAGGAUGUAGUCACCCCCGCUGUCUCUGCUCCGCCCCCCGCGAAACGCGUCUGUGCUGCUGGUUCAUCCAGUUCUGCGCCUGUGGCUCCCCGUACGGCCCUGGUGGUGCCGCCAGUCACUCCGGUCAUGGCUCCCGCAGCCGGUCCCUCCUCGGCUGCGCCUGCUCCGUCAACGUCGACCCAGGAAGCUAAUCCUGUGGUCGCCCUCGCCAUCACCGGCCGGUAUCAGCGCCUCCGGCGCAACCGUGAGACUGUGGGAGUCGUCGUCGCGGCUUUGGCCCAUGACACCGAUGCUCUUGUCUUGCUCCCUGAGGCUCUUGAAGCGCAUCGCAGUCGGAUCCUAACCCGCGUCCGCAGUAUCCUGCGUGGCCGUGACUUCGCUGGUGGCCGUGUCCCUGUGUUCGAGGCCUCUGCAGGCGAACUUCUGCGCCUUCCCCGUCGCUCGUAUUGCCGUCACAUGCUUCAGUGGCCGUCGGCUGAUGACGCGAACCGGUUCAAGCAGCUCUUGCCGAUCACCUAUCGCUCGUCCGAAGGACCUACCGCGGAGAUCAAGGUUUACCAGGAUCCCGCUCCCGACUUUUCUGCGGCAAAGGCUCGCGGCGAAACAGUGCUGGUUUUGCGUAAUGUGCCCGUGGGCUUUGCUGUCCAGACGCCCCGCUCUCUCCUCGUGUCGAGUGCUUCAAAUGCCAGGAUCAUCGGACAGCAUCCCGCAGUGGCUUCUUUCAAGGCAGACCCGGGCACUUUCUUCAUCGGGACAGACCUCGAGGUCGAGGUCUGGACUUGUGUCCUGUGCUCCUACAGCUGUGGCUGGGCUCUGGACAGUGCGAUGGAUCACAUCGCCUGCGCCUCUCACAAGGCUGCCAUUCAGAUGACUGUCGGAAACGUCACCCCCCUGGAAGAGUUUGGGGAUGUGAAAGUGCAUGUCUUCACUCGGAACCAGGCCAUUGUCGCCUUCCUUCCGCAGGGAUAG